AUGCCACCACGAACUCGAUCGAAGCCGUACGGGCCAGACUCCCCGAAUGCUGCUCAAGGGCUACCUGACCCUGCUCCUCGCCGCCGCCGCACAACCCGCUCCGUGUCUGCUCAACCACAAGAAGAACAGCCUGCCCAGCCUCUUCGCGAGCCGAAGACCCGCAAGACCCGCGGCAAGGCCUCUUCCCGCGGAAGAAAGAAGGUGACACGACCGACUGCUUCCGCAUCCGCCGACGGCCUCCAGGAGGAGCAGCUAGAGGCCAGCGCUCUCAGCUCGGAUGUAAAUUCUCAGCCACAGAUCGAGACGAACCGUGCAGAUGAUGGGACAGAUGAUGCCCGUCUUGCGACUCCGUCAGUUGAGGUCCCCGCAACUGUUCUCCAAUCGAUUGAAACCAGUGAGCCCGAGACGACUGCUCCUACAUCUACAGGGUGUGAGUCGCCGAAAACCCCAUCGUCUCCCGCUCCGUCCCCUGGUCCCCUCUCCGUUCUACUGUCGCCGGCCGCGGCCGAGGCCGGCGAGCAGAGUAGCUCCCCGAACCCGAUCACUUACAAUCUGGUUGAUGAUUUUGGUCGCCCCCGACCUGGCUGGCUGAUGACCCAGCUGCGGGAGGCCUACCGUUUCUACAUCCGUAGCACAGGUCUACUCGUGGACGCUGCUACUCCCGUUCCCAUUCCCGCACUGAGAUGGCCCAUGAAUAUACCCAUCUUGAACUUGGACAACAUGGCCCCAGCACAAUCUGCCUUGGACGACAUUGAACUGAUUUCCACCCUUCGUGCAGUAUUUUCUCUCCAACGGAAGUCAGACUCUCGCUCUCGCCCGCAAUCUGGAUCCGCGCAGCUACCAUCACCCUCGCAGUCUCAUGUCCUUCGUCCCCAAAACGCUUCGCCGAUUCGCCGAACGCGUACCCCUCGUUCGCGACGAUCAAGUACCCAUCGUACAGAGGGCUCUGAAAGUUUCAGUCGCACAUUGUUCCGUCUGCCGGAACUGCUCUCUUCACACAAUGAGGCUGAGGCCGACAGCGGACAAGCCGUCGAAACUAACUCUGCUGAACAGCAGGAAUUUGUAGAUGCUUCCGCAACAGUUGUCGCGAGAACGGAAUCUCCCGCCCCUGCUCCUGCGACCCCAAAGCGUGAAAGAGCUGCGUCUCCCGUUGCGCCUCUUACCGCACCUCCGGCGGCUGUCAACGGCUCACCAGGAUGGAGCAGAUGGAUUUUCAACGGCGUCUCGCGAAGAUGGACGGUCCUGAGAAGUCGACUCAAUCCCGAAGAAAACGAUGAUGAGGCUCAUUCCGUAGCCAAUGCUGGUGAAACAGUCGCUGCCAGCAAUUCCCCCACAUCCUUUCCGCCAAUCUCCCAGGCGGCUGCUGACCGCAAUGAAAUCGCUGAAGACCCGGAGGCCACUGCAGAUGUAAAAAACAUACAAGCUGCCGUUUCUGCAUCAUUCCCUGCGCCCACGGUCUCGAUUGCUUCGAGAGCUGUUGAGAAGAUUUCAAAUAUACUGUCCCCGCGUCGUAUUCAGGCGCGCACUUCUUCAACCAUUUCCGCCUCGCCUCGACGAAGACGUCGAGCCACAUCAUUUGUCGAUGCUAGGACGCUGCUCAACCCUGAUGCGCCAACAUCCGGCCAGGGCUACGAGAGCCAACACUCAUUCGUCAAACGCCGGCAAGCUGCUCGUUUAGCUAUUGAGAGAGAACAGCGGGAGGCUCGCAAUCGUGAGCUCGCAGACGCAAAAAUUGCCGAGGCCGCCGUCCGAGAAGCCACCCGGCGCAAGGCACUUGCUGCCGAAUUCACAACCUCAUUGCGUCCGGCCAUUCCUCACCGCAGAUCUACGGAGCGGCCUGGCCAGAGUGAACAAGGAAAUCCUACUUCAGACAUAACUGGUCAGACGGCUACUGGCUCUGUCCCUAAAGCAAACGAGUCAAACCCGCGCAAGCGCAACCGUGGCUUUGGUCUUGAUGAGGACGACCUAGCUGUACAUGAGGAGGACUUCACCCCAGAAGAAUGGAACGUGCUGAAGGUUCAAGUGGAGAAAGCAGAAGAAGAAGCGGCGAAAGCUGCCCAAGAGCUCGCCCCCCCUACUAAGAAACGUCGCGUUGAUGAAAACCCUCAGCAGCAGAAGCGAACCCGGCAAUCAGACCGUCAUAAUACCUCAGGAACGUCACGCCAGACCCAACCUCCAGCCCGUCAACCAGGUUUCAUUCCGAACAAACGAGGAACCUUUGCACCUCCCGAUCUUCCUACGAUCGAUUCGAGCCGACUUAUGAGCGAUCCAGAUUCCCCUUCAAACACCAAAGAUCCUCAAACCACACCCCAAACUCCUUCAGAUGACGAAAUUAAUAUGCCUGGUGCGUUCCACGGAUCAAAGUCUAAAACCAAGAAUAAAGAUCCUCCAAGCUCUCCCAAAGGUACGACCGUCAGUGGUGUCAUUGUCCCAGAGCGUCCUUUUUCCUAUUGCGAUUUGGACACAGCCGUCGCAUGGCUGAGAACUCGUUCAACCCACCGAAUGAGAAGGACGGUGCGCAACCCGCGCUUGACUCAUUCCUCAUCCCUCGCAUCAGAUGGUGAGACUCUUAAAACAGUUGGGCCUUCGCAGGUGGGAGCGAUGAAAGCAAAUCUGAGAGCGGCGAAUCAGCACAUCAUGACACAACAAUGUCGCGAUAGUACCCGCAAUGACAAGAUUGAUGAGCAGCGAUUUGCCCACCGUGAAGAAACCGCUGCGUCGAGCUCUUCCCGCCCUGUUGUACGGUUCAAGCUUCCCGAAUCUUUCUUUGUCCCCGAACCCUCCCCAAGACGUCGAGUGUCAGACAUAGCUUGUUCGGUUGGAAAAUCUGCGGCGUGGUUUUUAAACACCCGCACCCCACUUCGAUCAGUGCUCAAGCGAAAACGCGAGACUCAAGCACCUGCCUAUGACAAUCUCAUGUCAUCCCCUGACCUACCCAAUCCCCCACGUCUGAUAAAGCGGCCACGAGGUGCUCAGGCACCAGAAAUCUCUGGCUCAUCCUCCUAUUUCUCGUGGCGCACAGGGAAACCCAAGAAGGCGGCUGCCUCUCCUCUGCCUUCCCCUACUCCCCAGCGUUCCCCGUACAACGUUGCAUCACGGCUCGUCUCCCUGGCCCAGGGCCUUUUCACCACUGGAUUGCCGCCUUCAUCUCCACCCGCGGAAUCAGCGUGGAAUCGGGGCUUCCCAGGCACGGACCUGUGGGCUUCAUCCUCAAGUGCUUCGUCGGACUCAGGGAUCGACGAGCCGGGUCUUUCCCCUUAUUCCCCAACUUUGCGACGUUCUCCAUAUAACCUGGCCCUUCAAUUCGCGUCCCUGACCCCCGAUUGCUUUGCAGCAGGACGACGGCGCUCAUCUCCGCUCACUGUUGUGCCGCAUUAUCCGGCUCGGAGAUACGGCCCACUUUCAGGAUAUAUGGCUAACAAACUCCCAGGAUACGUCGCUAACAAGCUCCACUCGAAAUUAGUCUCGGAGAACGACAUUGAGACCGAAAAUGUCAAUGAUGAGCAGGGGUCUUCUCCAUUGACUCGUGCUCGCAACAAAGCCGAGCAAUUCAAGCCAAAGACACCCAGUCGACUUCGGGAAUCAGCUCGCUUCCCCACCAGCAAUCAGUCGACCCCGGCCGGCCUUGACAUGUCCUCGCCCUCCUUCAGUGAUGCGUUCCAGAACAGCACCCCGGUGCAGUCUCGCCCCCUCCCCGUGGACGACUCCCCCUUCCUCGUACACGCCGAUAAGAUCCCGCCCCUGGCGGGACCCACGACCUCCGACUCAUCUCUCCCGAGAUUGCAGUCUGAGGCAGUGUUCCCAGCACAGGCCGAGACAGAAGGUUCCACGGCACCUCUUGCCGCCGAGGUGGCUUGGCUGUCCGAGACACUACCUGAUGGCCAGUUCGACCGGUUGAAGUGGCCAUCCAGUCGAGAAGUCAUUGAGCACUUCAGGAUCGAUUCCAACUCUCUCAAAAUUGUCAACGAAGAAUCCCAACCCAAGGGGACUGACUUUGCGCAAUACCUCCAGGACCUGUUCGAGAAUUGUGGCGCAGAUCCAACUGGGGUUCCCAUGAGCAUGUGA